AUGGGCAUAAAGAAGACAGGCCGUCGAAGGACUCCGGCCUCAGCGCCCUGCCCAAAGUGUGGACGGUCAUUUGCCCGGAACGACAGCCUGAAUCGCCAUCUGAAAACCCACAGCGACCAUGUCGAGCAUCGGCCAUUCCAUCGCAUCAUCCACGACAAAUUCCGAGCCUGUAAUCGUUGCAGAAGGGCGAAAAUUCGCUGUACCGGAAGCCUGCCGUGUGCAAGGUGCGCUCAUCUAAAGCAGGAUUGCGACUACGGACAGAAGAGCCCGGAUCCAUCAGCAGUCCCGACGACGAGCUCUGACGAGGCUGGACCGGGUACAGCACCACGAGCAGCGGCAGCAUCAGGAUCUCCUACAUCGCCUUCUCCAGACAAUGAGGCGACGGACACCACGCUGCCUUCAGCCGACGGCGGCCUCCUCGAGAACUUUAAGCCGCCGACAAAAGCCACUCUGGAAGCUACAGAUGCCCGUUUGGACGUCGGGGUCUCGUCUCCAGACGGGGCGGCGGCAUUGCUGCAACUCAGUUUAGGCUCUGAUCUCGAUUCCCGGACGGUGCUGUUCGAUGAAGGCAAGGACUUUUCGGUCAGUAAUUUGAACUCGACAUAUGUCUCGCCGACGCUCCAUGUCCUCGAUCCAUACAGCUACAAGUUGCCGUCGAUAGCCGACUCACGUGAAGCACCCACGCCGAUUAGUCAGCCACUGGCGCAUUGCAGGUAUGGCAUUCUACGGUAUCUGUCUCCUUUUAUGAUGGACACAGAUACAAACCUGGGCUCCAACCUUGCCUGUGACUUGUUAGAUACGUACUUCUCCAGUGCAUUCUCCAGCCGCAUGCACCCGACCUGCCACCACAUCCACAACUUCAUUCUGCGACGGUGCGAUAUUUUGGACCCCGCGCAACCGCGCAAGACUCACCCGGGCCUACUGGCCAGCAUGCUGUUUGUUGCGGCGCUGAGCGACAAAGCUCUUGGGUUAUUCAGCGGGCCGGAAGAAAGGGAUCGGGUAUGCAAGUAUCUGAGCCUACUGACGUAUCGACUGCUCAAUCCGGCCCGAUAUGAACCACUACUAAGUCGGGAAGACUUGGGUCUCCCACCUGAUACUAUCGGAUCGGAUCCUGGAUGGACCAACGAGGAUCUUAGGCAAGCACUAAAUCCACAACAGCAAGACCUAAAUACGUUCCCAGUCGCCUGGGGGACGGACUAUAUCAUUGCACUGAUCCACGUUUCGUCGGUCAUUUCCGGCAGCGAGAAGAAAGCCGCCAGCAUUAGAUGGUGGAACGUUGCAUUCAACCUCGCUCGAGACCUAAAACUGAAUCAGGAAGUCGAGUCGCACCACCACCUGGAUUCCGAAUUGGCCGUUCAAGUUGGCGAAUUGAACUGCAAAUGCUCACUGGGCUAUGAGGGCAACGACGACGUCAUGACCGAGGUGCACCGAGAAGAACGGCGGCGGACUUGGUGGUUGCUGUUUUUGAUGGACCGACAUCUGGCGCUAUGUUACAACCGGCCCCUGGCGCUGCUGGAGGCCGAAUGUAAAGAUUUGCUGCUUCCCUUGGACGACGUGACAUGGCAAUCGGGUGCCCAACCUCACAGCCACGGCACCCGAGCCGACGGUCCACGAUGCGUGCUGCUGCCCUCGGGCACGGGCAGACUUCAUGGGCCUCCGACCGUCUGCUCCGGUGUAGGGCUGUUUGAAUUCUUCUUGCCCCUCAUGACCAUCACGGGCCAUCUGCUCGACUACAACCGGGCCAAAAAUAACCCCGUAUUGGCGUCGGCGGGCUCAUCCAUGUGGACUAGCCAGGAGCAAAGAAUUCUAAGAGAACUCGACCAUUACCAAGCCACUUUGGACCACCAGACAACACAGCCAAAACAUGGCGACUCCGGCUCCAACAAAAGCUCGUCCGAGUCGCCGUGGAUCAUGACGAUGACGUCUCCGGCGGCGGCGGCGGCGGCGGUGGCGGCAAUACCAACAGUGGCGCUGGAGACGGCCAUGGACGAGUCCGAAACAACACACAUCGCCAGGACAGUGUCCGGAUACGCCACACACGUAGUAUGCGUCCUUCGCAUCCUCGUCGGCAGCAAAUGGGAUCCAGUGUGUCUAUUUGAGGAUGCGGAUUUCUGGACCUCGUCCUUGGGAUUCAAGGACUCGAUGUCGCAUACGAUGGCGGCCUCAGAGUGCGUCACGCACAUCUUACAGCAUGACCCGGAUGUAAGCUUUAUGCCUUACUUUUUCGGCAUUCAGCUACUACACGGCAGUCUGUUGUUGUUGCUGGUGGCGUACCGUUUACAAGGGGAUUCGGGGACUGCCAUCUUGGCGGCCUGUGAGGCGGUCAUUCGAGCCACUGAGGCUUGUUUUGUUACUCUUCCCACGGACUAUCAAAGGCAGUUUCGGAACGUUAUGAGAUCUGCUAUUGCGCUGGCUAAGGGGAGGAGAAAUAAUCCCGUCGAUACGGAGAAGCAGUUGACUUUUGUGCUCGCGAGGUAUCGGUGGUCGCGGAAUGGGGCUGGGUUGGCGCGGUGA